UCGGAAAGGAUAGGAGAAAAUACAGAGCAGCAGUAAUCUCUCUCUCUCUCUCUCUCUCGCUCUAAAAACAGAAUAAAAACCCCACAUUUCUCGCCCCCCUCUAUUCCCGCUUUCAUUUUCAGACCACCUCUCAAAUCCCUUUCAUGGCCUCCUCUUCAAACCCUAACAACAACAUCAUCUCCAAUGUCUCCUCCCCGUCAACCUACGACCCAACUACCCUACCCACCAACACCACCUUCGUCCAGGCCGACCCCACCACCUUCCGCGCCGUCGUCCAGAAACUCACCGGCGCCCCCCACGACCCCGCCGCCCUGAAGCUCCCCAUCACCCACCCCGCCCGCCUCGCCGGGAAAUCCCCCUCCGGCGACAUGGGCCCCCGCCGGCCGCCCUUCAAGCUCCACGAGCGGCGGCAGAGCGGCGGCAGGAAGCUCGAGAUCAAGCUCAGCCGCGGCGGGGGGUUCCCGCUCGGGUCGAGGCAGGCGAUGGUCUCGCCCGUGUCGACGCUGGACGCGUUCGCGCGCGGGAGCCCGAGGACCCCGCGCUCGCCGGUAGACGAGGAGGAGAGGGCGAUCGCGGAGAAGGGGUUUUACUUGCAUCGGAGCCCGCUCAGCACGCCGCGAGGUGGGUCGGAGCCGGAGCUGUUGCCGUUGUUCCCUCUCCACUCGCCCAGAGAUUAGAGUGUUAAUUAGUAUCUCAUGGAUGAGAUUAUUCUCUUGAUUUUUCGAUUUGUUGUUUUAGAAUGUAUACAUAUAGGUCGUGUUUGUGCUGUUUCUCUAAUCAGUUUUAUUGACCUGAUUUUAUUUGAUCAGCCAUUUUUUUUUUAAAAA